AGAGAGAGAGAGAGAGAGAGAGAGAGAGAGAGAGAGAACUGACAACUAGCUAAUGAAAAAUUUGACCAUACAAAAACAACAGCAAGCCAAAAUUGGAAAAAUUCUUCACAUAAUCUCGGGAAAAAAAAUUUAUAAGUUUUAGAUACUCAAAAAGGGUUUUUUGAAUUUGUAUUAUUUUCUCUCAAAUUGUUACCCAAACCAAAGCCCCACCCAAGCCCAAGUCCAAAAACAAAACCAGGCCUCACCCAAUUGCUUUUGGUACCAAAAAUUCAUCACAGACCAGAAAUUGAUUUUUGCCCAAAAUUUAUGUGGGCGCUGGUUUUUAAAACUCAAUUGAAUCCCAAAACUCAACCAAAAAAUUAGAACCCCGCCAAAUUCAAAUCUAACAACUUCCAAUUUCCCACCACCACAAAAAUUUGUUUUCUUCAUAAUUCAAUUCAAAUCCCAAACGUCAAAUCAAAACCUCCAAAGCUCUCUCAAACUCUCACAAGCCCCAGCCCCCCUCAAAUUGUUUUCCUCAACUUUCUUUCCCCACUAACCCCUACCAAGCCAACCAAUGGAUCAGAGAUUCCAUGGCCUGCCUCCUCUCAAGAGAUUCAGACUUAUGCAAAAACAAGAGCAGCAGGAAGAUACCCUUUUAGCCUCGUCGCGCCUUCCAGCGAAGAAAAGAAAAGAGGCAUGGCACCAGCCCCUUCUCCCUGACCCAUUUGCCGCCACCACUGCUGUCUCCACCUAUUCAUUGCCUGCCAAGAAAAGGGUUUGGGCCUUUCAGCCAGAUUUAAUCUCCGAGGACCCGCUUUCGACAUUGGACCUUAAUGUCGAGUACAAGGUGCCUUUUGGUGCAGAGUCAGAAGAAGCAGUGGUGGAGAAAGAAGAAGAGGAAGAAGAAGAGAAGGGUAUUAUUCAUGAAAAUGAUUGCAGUGAAGCUACUGAAAAUACCCAGGAAGAGAAAGGCCAAGAAAUUACUGGUGAUGAAGAUGACAAUGAAGAAGAAGAAGAUGGGAUUGUUUGUGCUAUAUGUCAGAGCACAGAUGGAGAUGCAUCAGAUCCAAUCGUGUUCUGUGAUGGCUGUGAUCUAAUGGUUCAUGCCACCUGCUAUGGCAAUCCCCUUGUUAAGGGUAUUCCAGAGGGCGAUUGGUUCUGCUCCCAAUGCUCGCUUUCUUCUGCGUCUUCUCAAUCCACUGAGUCCUCUUCUUGCUGCCUGUGUCCUAUCAAGGGAGGAGCAAUGAAGCACACCAGAGAUGGCAGGUGGGCACACAUCGUGUGCGCGCUUUAUGUUCCUGAGGUGUUCUUCAAAGACCCCGAAGGCCGAGAGGGGAUUGAUUGCUCCAAGGUUCCCAAAAGGAGGUGGAAAGAGAGGUGUUAUGUUUGUAAGAGUUCAAGGGGAUGUGCUAUUCAGUGCUCUGAGCUUAAAUGUCCGUUGGCUUUUCAUGUGACUUGUGGAUUGAAUGAAGAUCUUUGCUUAGAGUUGAGGGAAGGAAGGAAGCAGGGUGCUAUUGUGGCUGGGUUUUGCAAAACUCACUCAGAUCUGUGGAAAAAGCAAGAACAAACUGGGAAGUACAAGAUUGUGGCUAGAGAAGACUGAAGAGCACAAGUAGUUAGAUUGUGCAGAUUAAUAUAUAGAGCUUUGUGGUAUGGUAUACAAUGGAUCUGCUGGUUAGUGUUUGAUUAUUGGUUUUCUCUUUUGGGGAAUUACAUGUUUCCGUGAGUUUCAGAUAUCUGUAGGGUUUCAGUGUUGGCUUAUUUGAUUAUUAUUGUGACUGGUGAUGUAUUUUAAUUACAUUCUAACUUAUUGUCGGUGCAUCUAGCGCGCAAGCUUUGAGCUAACUGGGUUAGAUGAAGAUAAACAUUAGAAUGACACUUCAGUUUAUGUGAUGAAAAUUUGCUCUCCAUAAAUGGGAUUUUAAAUUGUAUUCAUGGUGUUGUGAGUCUUUGCCCUCUUGGCAUUUGAUGUUAUAGGAUCAUUGUCAGGUUUCAUCUGAA